CUUUUUUAUAUUCAUCAUGAAUUAUCCUGAAUUACUCAAUAAUUUCUUUUAUGACCCUUCUUCAACUACCUCAAGUUUGAAUCAUGUUACGACACCCGACCUUUUUUCACCAAGCUUCCUAGACGCAUUAAAACAAGAACAAGAUUAUUUGAUGACCAUUCAUCCUUCUAUCAUCACUCAUCAUUCACCUUCAAAUACUUCAAUCUCUUCUCCAAUUAGUAACUAUAGCAAUCAUAAUGUCCAUACCACGCCUGAAGAUGACCUUAUUAUACGUCUAAGACCUUUCAUUCGUCAUUAUUUACACUCAAAUCAAGGAGAAAGAAAAAUAACCAUCUUGACAAGUAAAGUGGCUCAAAAGAGCUACGGAACAGAGAAAAGAUUUUUAUGCCCUCCUCCUUCAACCAUUCUGUCCGGCGCUGAUUCUUGGUUUCCAUUAAAUCAAUAUUCUCCAGAGAUCACCGUUCAGAUCACAGGUGAACAACCCGUUCAUCAAGCAACGAUUGAUUGGUACCAAGACAACUCUUUACUUGAUCCAUCUUCUGCUAUUUCCGCUGCAAGACAUGGUCAUGCUCUAAAAGGAAGCUGUGUAUCCAAACAGUUGCACAUAAAUGAUGCUGAUGAAAAAAGAAAACAUGUACAAGCCCACGUCAAGAUCAACCUGGGACAUGGAGUGUCUUUAGGCACAUUUGAUUCAAAGAACAUCAAAGUGAUCAGUAAACCAUCCAAGAAACGACAGAGUUUAAAAAAUAUGGAUCUCUGCAUUCAUCAUGGAUCCACUGUGGCGCUUUUCAAUCGUGUUCGAUCUCAAACGGUCUCAACGAAAUAUUUGGGUGUAUCCUCUCUACCAGACUCUGGUACCUGUUUCGUCACUCGAACAUCCUCUUGGGACCCCUUUCUGAUCUGGAUUGUCGACUUUCAUCGCUCAUCCGAUGCACCGGUACCCAAGCAUCAUCCUGAUAAUCCGCAUUAUCCUGCACCUCCUGCUAUCGCCAUUCAAACUUCAGCUGGCCAAUCACCAAUUGCGCUUCAUUAUAAUCAGCCUAUCGUCUUGCAAUGUGUCACAACCGGUCUCGUUAGUCCCGUCAUGAUCAUUCGCCGUGUUGACAAGGCUAGCAUGGUGAUGGGCGGAAAUCGUGUAGACGACCUAUCUUGUCCCACUGGUGGUGAAUAUGGUGAUGAAGCAUUGGGUGAUCCUGUCUCUCAAUUACAUAAAGUCGCAUUUCAAAUCGUGCAGGAUCUUUCUGCUGCGCAAUAUCAUCGAACCAAGUGCCCACCUUCGGCUUACAUUCCUCCAAUGACAGAGUGGUCCUUACCUGAGACAAGUCCAAACACCACUUAUCUUGCUUGCUUGAACGAAGUGGUUGGUAUGCAUAAAGCAGUCAGCGGACGAUCGAUUGUCAGCCCACUCGACCCAACCCGCCAUGCAUAUGAAACAAAACCGGGUCGCAAACGCCGCUUGUCCUAUCAGCAUACGCCAUUCCCUACCAAGCCGAGUCUGAAUCGCCGUCGGGUGAAUUCACUUAACGACGGUCUGCUGCUCUCAAGGCAUGGCGCUGGCCGCCGCUUGAGCGAUGACGGUACAGACAGCUACUACCCAUUGAAUGGGGAUUGUUGGACUGAAGACGUAUCGGAUGCCUCUGUUUGGACCAUUGUUGGUACAGACUCUGUUACUUACUCUUUUUGGACACCUCCAGAACAUCUCCUUUUGAAUUCGCCUUUUUCUUCAGACACUGCCUCUCCGAUCACUCCUUUCCCUAUGGUUCAUUCAACUCAGUAUGAUCAAGGCAUUCUGACUCUUACUGGAGACAAGUUCUCUGAUGAAAUCACUGUUUGGCUUGGUGAUGUCGCUGUCAACACUGAAUUGAAAUCAAAGCAGGUCUUAUCUUGUACAGUGCCUGAUAUGAAUGAAUUGAAAGAAAGCACGGCUGUUCAAUUAGAUACCAGUAUAGGUAAAUACAUAAUACCUAUUCUCUUGGUACGUAAGGAUGGCAUUGUCUAUAAUCCUCAGCUCUUUUUUACUUUUUAAUCUCUAUGCCCUUCUUCUUCUUUAUGCAUAUAUGCUGCUUUAUGUUUUUUUUUUUUAAUUGUAUAUGUAUAUAAUAAUAUAUUUGUACUUUUUUGUAACUAUGACAAAAAGAACGUCAAUGAUUCGAUGUGAUUCAGUGAAUUGUCCUAUCUCCCAUGACAUCAAAAUAACAAAGUAAUAUAAAUAGAUCACUCCAUGGUAUUGAAAUAAAGGGGAGGAAAAGAGAAGAAGAGUGAGAAAAGGUUCUUUUUCUGUUUUGUAUAUCUUUCUCUCUUAUCGAUAGGCACACCAACAUACAGACAGAUAAGUUAGUGAGAGCUUCAAUUGUGACGAGAUAUAAAGAGAAAAAAAAAAGCCCUAGUUUUCCUUCU